CAUUUCACCCACUAGGGGAUAAAGUACAGUUGAGGAAAUAAGUGUAGGUUCCAUGCAUGUCGAGUGGGAGAGACGGUGACCUCUUACAUUUUCUCCCCUAUUUAAAUUAGGAAAUGUCAGGCAAACUGUUCUUAUAACAAAUACGAUACAAUAUAUACACAUAAAGAGAAGAUUAAAAGUGCUUUGGACUUGGAAGCUGAGGGCCUCCGUUCUGUAAAUGGAUUAUCUGUGUUUCAGAGCAUUCUGCUGCAAAGGACCGCCAUCACCACGAACUGAAUAUGAUGUUGUUUGUGUAGGCCUUACAGGAUCAGGCAAGUCAAGCUUGCUUACGCAACUCUGCAGUGAGAGCACAGAAAACAUCAUACCCACAACAGGCUUUAGCAUUAAAGCUGUUCCAUUUCAGAAUGCUAUCCUCAAUGUGAAAGAACUUGGAGGGGCAGACAAUAUACGCAAAUACUGGAGUCGAUACUACCAAGGAUCGCAGGGUGUUGUGUUUGUACUAGACAGUGCAUCAUCUGAAGAUGAUCUGGAAACUGCACGGAAUGAAUUGCAUUCAGCCCUUCAACAUCCACAGCUAUGCACUUUGCCAUUUUUAAUAUUAGCCAACCACCAAGACAAGCCAGCAGCACGUUCUUUACAAGAGAUUAAGAAAUACUUUGAACUGGAACCACUUGCAAGGGGUCAGCAAUGGAUCCUUCAGCCUUGUUCUGUAGAGAACAUGGAUGCUGUAAGAGAAGGCUUCAGUCAGUUUAUCAGCUUGCUUGAAGAAAUUGAUCAAGAGCACAUUCCAGGAAGAAUAUGAAAUCUGCACUGACUGUUGUUUAAAUCACUGAAUGUAAAAUGUUUAUGAAAUCUUUACACACUGUCUAAACUUUAUAGUAUUCAAAUAACAUUGUGGAAACUUCAUUUUAAGUGAUUGUUUUGUAUGAUCCAAUUCUUACAUGUCAAAACAAAUAAUUUUGAAACAACUAAAAUAUCUGAAAUCAGAAGAAAUAUGAAAACAAUUUAAAUUUAAAUCUGUGAAAAAUACUGUUCAAUUUUCUACUUCUUUUGCCAUUUUACUGUAUUUGCAUGAUAUUUCUGUAUGUAAUCAUUUAUACUACCAUUAUGGUGGAAAUUUUGAAAAUGAUGAUCAAUGAUGACUGUAUUCUGUGUUGGUGAUCUAACCGGUUAUGUCAGAAAUAGUCUACAAUGGUGGGCAGAUGUGGAGUUUUGCACUUUGCUUCUGAUUUCUAUGUUAUUAGUGUGCAUAAUGCAAAGAAACUGACCAGUGAGCAUCAGAGAGAGUGCAUUUGUAAAUCAUCUGGACAGAAAAGAAUGUUUUGCUAUUGUAAAUCUCAAUCAUGACUUGUACAUGAUUUGAAACUUAGUGUUAAUGACUGUUAAAUCUUUGAAAUUGUGCCAGACCAAUUUAAAAGCUCCCUAUAAAAGAGAACAAAACAAGUCAUCUGAACUGUUUUUAUAAAUGCAUAUUACUGUCUUCAUCCAACACUGCUCUUGAAAGAGCACACGUUUUGAUAGCAUAUCUGUUCUACUUGUCCAUAGACAAAAUAGCAUACUUUUGCUUGAAUUUAAUUAAGGAUAUUUUUGAAAGAAAACAUUUGUCUUGAAUCUUCAAUUGGUUUAAUCGAAGCUGAAAAUUAGAUGAUUUGUUCCACAAUUAAGUCUUAUUUCUCGUAUUAUUGUGCAAUCGAAUGAAUACAACUUGGAUUUUAAAAAGUGCUAAUUUUGUCUUAAAAUUUAACAUUUUAAAUGAGAUGUAUUAUAAGAAUUUGAGAGUUCUAAAACAUUAAGUAUUGAAGACACUGUGGUAGAUGGUGCUCAUGCCAUCUGUCAAAUUACUUUGUGUGUGUGUGUGUGUGUGUGUGUGUGUGUGUGUAUGCAUCAGCCUUACACUCCUUCUCAAACCUGGGACUGUCUGCAACUCUUCAGUAAACAGAAUGAAAACACUAUCAAUCAAUACUCACCAGCAGCUGUUCCUGACAAGCCUCUGUCUGACGCCUAAUGCCUUCCAACUGUCGACAUAGUUCCCUCCUCGUCUACUGUCACCAUUUCUCUCUCUGACUACUCGUUUUCACAUUGUCUCUUCACUUGCAGUUUAAGAAUUUCAGAUGGUGUUCUUAGAUUCUUCUGUUGGAAUUUGUAUUUUCAUAUGUCUUUCCAGUGUGUAUUAGUUACAAGUUUUGCUAUGCUUUUAUUGUAAAGCUGCUGCAUUUAUCCAUAUAUAUACCUGUAUUUUAUAGAAGGCUUGCUGCAUUCAUUGUAUUUAUAGAAACUUUUAUACAACAGUAGGAUAUAGCUGCUUUUUUUUUCAAGUCAGUGAAAUCAUUCAUACAUUUAAAUUUUGUACUUUUUAUUACUGAUGAUAUGUUACUUGUUUAACUGGCACAUAGUCCAUCUAUGUACUGAAAAUACAGCUACUGUAUUUAGCAGGUAACUAACCAGUAUAGUCAAAUAAAUCAGAUUAUUCUCAGAUUUUUGCUGUUCAUUAAUAAGAAUAAAGAUGCCUGCAGAAAAGAAGUGGCUAGUUAAUAUUACCAAGGAACACAGUUACCAACUCAGUCUAAAUUGUCAAUUCAAUAGUAAAUCUAUAAGUUGAAUUGUUACUACGUCAAUUGUAACAUUUCCUUUGACAAGACAUGAAGAUCAUGGACAAACACACACAUACACCUGUGAAGAAACAGAUGCUGACUAUUGAACUAAUUUUGAUUUGUUGCACAUGGGCUUUUGGGGUUUUAUUUAACCAUUUGGCUGCUGAAGUCACAUAUAACAAAAGCAAAAUACUACCGACACUUGAAAUCUGAAAUAAAAAUAGAAAAUGAUGGAAAUACUCAACCGAUCUAGCAAAUUUACAGGUAAGAGAGAAAUUGAUUUAAUGUUUCAGGUCUGUGACCAUUCAUCAGAACCAAAACUUAAAAAUCAUUCUCUUCCCAAUUUUGAUGACUCAUUUGCUUGAAACUUAAUUGUUAUAAGUGAAAUUACAUUAUGCAGUAGGAUACAACAGCAUAAUGACAAUUGGCUUAGUGUUGCAGUGUAUUGGUGGUGGUAUGAAGUUUGUGCUAAAAGCAGUCAGAUAUGGAUUCCUGCUUUAUAUUUUAUCUAUUAUUACAGUGAAAGAAAUUACUUUUUAAGUACUUCAAAGAAGCUGCUCAUGCUGCAGUAUUGAAUGUGGCAUGGGCAAUUAUUUGCCCUGUACCAUCUUUGGCUGUUGAAGACCCCAUGUGGGAAUCCACAGAGUAGUUGAAUGCAAGAUUACUCUGACUCCUUACUGAGUUCCUGAUUUCAGUUGUAUCAUUAUGGAAAAAUACUAAGAUUUUCCAGAAUUAGUACAGAUAAUAAGAAAAAAUACUAAAGUACUGUUGUCAUAACUGCCUAAAUUCUAGUACUUCAGAAUCUGCUGGGAUAGAUCAUGUUGUAUUCUUUGAAUAGGUCUUUAACCUAGGCGUGUAAACAACUCGAAUAUUUUAAGGAAAAAAAGUGAUAUUGUUCAAGUACCACAGCAAUAUACUUGUGUACAGUAAAUUUUUUGUUAAUACUCAUCCAUUUUCUGAUGUCUAAAUGUUUAUAGUAAACAAAUAAAAAGAAAAUGCAGCCACAUGAAAAUAGAGUCUGUGUAGCACAUUAGUUGGUAUAUAAAAGGGAGGAUAAAAUAUUUUUGUUUUAAUCCUUCAUCAAACAUCAAUAAUAUGAAAUGUUGAGCUGCUAUUUUUAUUCAGAUUUGUUGAGUAUGUGUUUUUAGAAAUUUGUUUUUGUUCUCUAUGGUUAUGUCUUCAAAUAUUGGUACGACAUUGAAAUAAUGAAAACCUAACAAAUACGAUUGCAAGCAAACUUUCUAACUGCUUCAGCUGUUAAAUGGUUAAAAUGCACACAUACUAUAAGCCACUCCAGUUGAAAAUUAAAGCUGUACUGCAGAUGAGUGUAGGUAUGACCUACCAAAUAAAACCACAACUGCCUAUGAUGUGUGACCAGUUUUAUCUUUGCUGCUAAAUAACCUGGUUUCCAUGUUCCCCUUUAUGUGUGAUUGUUUAAAAUAAAGCUUCUGGAAAAAGUAAAUAUAGUUUGUAUAUCAAGUAACCCUAAUAAAUUUCAAUGUUGACUUGA